UUUUAAUUAUAUUGUGCCGCCGUCGAGUGGUCUAAAUUGGGUGGAAUGUCGUUCUUGUUGAGAUAUUCAUUAUGAUUUUUCAUUAAUUUAAUAUAUCUGCACUUGACUAUAUCAUAAUUUUCAACAACUCCGCAGGUGGUAUUCAGAGUGUGGCGGCGCAAAUGGGGGGAUUACAGUGGAAGUCAAUUAAUUGUGCUCAGUAGCAUUCCUCCGAUUUCCGAAUGCACUGGAUCCUGUCCGGGGAAUAUUUCGAGGGUGGACACUGGGAGCCCGUAGGAAAUUGAGUUCCACUGUGCCUGUUGGGCGGUGGGGAUGGGUGGACAGGAAGUGUGUAUCGCUCAAACAUAAAUACAGCAUUAUCCCAGAGGGUUGGCAUGUAAUCGAUAUUCUUCUCACUCCACUUGCACACACAGCUUUUCAGGCGGCAGAUGCUGUAGCUUCUUUUUCCUAGAAUUUAUUAUGCUGCUAUGAGGAGGAAAGUGGCCCAAUAGGCACUCAAUUGAGUGAGCAAUUAUGCGAGAAGUUCCAACCUGACCGUUGACUGUGCGACUGUAGUGAUUGGCUCUCGGAGCUUUUCGUGAAAAUGAGUAGUUCAACGGAUUACGACUAUUUGCUCAAGUUCCUGCUGAUUGGAGAUUCUGCAGUUGGCAAAACUUGCCUCCUGUACCAGUACACAGAUGGCGUAUUUCAUCAAUCAGCGCGUUUUAUAUCGACGGUGGGAAUUGAUUUCCGGGAGAAGCGAAUACUCUACACGUCAGGCGCUCGAACGCACCGACUGUUUCUCCAGCUGUGGGACACGGCAGGGCAGGAGCGAUUCAGGAGUCUCACCACUGCCUUCUAUCGCGACGCCAUGGGAUUCCUUCUGAUAUUUGAUCUCACGAGCGAGCGAUCUUUCCUGGAGGUGCAGAACUGGAUAGAGCAGCUCAAGUUUCACGCGUACUGCGAGACUCCAGACAUCGUUCUGUGCGGCAACAAGUGCGAUUUGGAGCACCUGCGCGUGGUGAGUGAAUCGCGCGCCAAGAAAUUUGCGGAGCGCCACGGACUUCCGUAUCUGGAGACGAGCGCCAGCACUGGCCAGAACGUGGAGAAGGCUGUAGAGAUGCUUGUGGAGCGCGUGAUGGCGCGCAUGGAGACUGCUAUGGAUUUGUCGGCUCUGCCAGGCAGACGAGGGCGUCCCAAGCGCUUCGAUGAUCUCGAUGGACAUGAUAUUAAGACGAUCAGUGCGCAGGAUAGCAAAACUUGCUCCUGCUGAAUUGUAUCUUCCAAGUUGUUAAUUUGUGUGUUGAGUUUGAUCGUUAUUGCAGUCAAAGCAAGAUAAUCAUAAUUAGCGAAUAAAUUGAACGUUUUCCUUGGA